AUGGAGCCGGCUGAGGGCUGGGACCCCUACGGGCGGCCGGCCCGGCGCACGCAGUGGCUGGUCAGCGCCCUCGCCUACCACUACGGGCUGGACCGCGGCGUGGAGAACGAGAUCGUCGUGCUGGCCACCGGCCUGGACCAGUACCUGCAGGAGAUCUUCCACCACUUGGACUGCGACGGUUCGGGCCGUAUCCCCGGCGAGGACUUCCGCACGCUGUGCCAGGUGCUGGGGCUGGAGGAGGCGACGGAGCCCGAGGAGUGCGCGGGGCUUUGGGACGGGCUCUCGGCCGAGCUCACCUUCCGCCAGUUCCACGCGCGGCUCUGCGGCCACUUCAGCACCCGCGCGGGGCCGCGGCUGCCGCUGGGCCGGGAGAGCGAGCACAUCGAGACCCAGAUCCGCCUGCGCAGCCCCCGACGCCGCCGCCGCACCGACCCCGCCGGCCGCGGAGCCGCGGGCAGCGCCGAGCGGCGGCCGCCAGGGCCCUGCUCCCAAGAGUGCUGCGAGGAGAUCGUGGCACUGGAGCGGGCCGAGGACCGCAUCGCCACACUGGAGGAGGAGAACGGCAGCCUGCGGGAGCUGGUGGAGGACAUGCGCGCCGCCCUGCAGAGCAGCGAUGCGCGGUGCCUGGCGCUGCAGGUGGGACUGCGGAAGAGCCAUGCCAGCCAUACAGGAGAAGGACCCUGCUUCAUAGGGAGGAAGAGACCAUUAACACAGAAGCCCUCCCAGACCAAGUGCCUCCAAGAUGUCCUGGAGGAAAUGGAGCUCAUGCGGAGCUCCAGGGAUGGGCAGAUUGAAGAAGCCAUCAGGUUCAGCCAGGAGCUGGAGAAGGAGCUGAAGAGCUCUCAGGAAGCUCUGGUCAGCCUGGAAGAUUGCAACCGUAACCUGAAGAGGGAGCAGGCAGAGAUGAGGAGGAAGGUGGAAGAGGCCAGACACGCUGUCCUGAACAGUCUUGGCAAAGUGAAGGAGCUGGAAGUGAGAGCUAAGGAGGUGCCAAAUCUGCAGAUACACAUCCAGCAGCUGGAAUCACAACUGCAGCACUACAGGUCGGAACUGGAGCGAUGCCAGCUGGCCCAGCAGAGCAGCUCCAAGCAGCAGCAGCAGCAUCAGGAGGAGCAGCAGGAGCAGGAGGGAGCAGCCGUGCCCGGGGGCACCCGCAGAGCGUCCGUGGCACCGCCGGGCACCGCUGACCACGCAGAGGAGCAGCUCUGCCGCUCCGUGGAGGGCCAGGCCGCCUCGGAUGAGGAGGAGGAGGAGGAGCAGUGGCCAGGGCACUGCGCUCCCCAGCUGGGCCACGCGAGGAGGAUCCUGGCCAAGCUCCCUUGCUGUGGCAGUGGAUGUGAUGAAAAGACAUGGAGAAAGCUGCUGUCCUACCUGGAGACCAGCAGCACUGAGGGGAAGGACCCUGUGGAGCUCUUGGGGACAAUCUCCCCCCUCACAGAGCAGCCAGAACUCAAGGGCCACCAAGAGAAAAAACUGGAAACAAGCAUGGAAGAGAUGAAGGGCCCCUGGCUCGGGGAGCUGCAGCAGAAGGUGGAGGAGACAGAAGUGCUGAAGAUGGAGCUGCAGAUGCUGGAGACAGAGAGGGUUCGGCUGUCCCUGGUGGAGGAGAAGCUCCUGGAUGUGCUGCAGCUUCUCCAACAGCUCCGAGAUCUGAACAUAUCAAAGCGAGCCCUGGGGAAAAUCCUGCUGAGCACUUUGGAAUCCUGCCGUGACCCCCAGCCUGGCAAAGCCCAGCUGUUGGAAGUGCUGGACACCCUUCAGCAGGAGCUGGCAGCCUGUGAACUCUUGCACAAGCAGCCCAUGGAGCAGGCACAGAGCCCACGGUCCCUGUCCAACCCCCUGGUGAUCUCCUGCUGAGCCCAGGCAGCCCCAGCACAGCUGGAAGGAGGAAUGAGGGACAUUUGUCCAGCUGGAAGGAGGAAUGAGGGACAUUUGUCCAGCUCAGCCACACCUGGACUGGCCAGGAGCGAGCAGUGACCCAAGGGAGGAGCAGCAGCCCUGGCUGGGCACAGCCCUGCCUCACCUGGACUGCAGAGCCCAGCCCUGGGGUGCCCCUGGGACUGGGCUGGCACCAAACCAAACUGUGCCCACCACCCUCACCUGACCCACAAGGAUUUACAGCUCUGCAAAACUGGGACUGGACUGGCACCAAACUGUGCCCACCACCCUCACCUGACCCACAAGGAUUUACAGCUCUGCAAAACUGGGACUGGACUGGCACCAAACUGUGCCCAUCACCCUCACCUGACCCACAGGGAUUUACAGCUCUGCAAAACUGGGACUGGACUGGCACCAAACUGUGCCCAUCACCCUCACCUGACCCACAGGGAUUUACAGCUCUGGAAAACUGGGACUGGGCUGGCACCAAACCAAACUGUGCCCAUCACCCUCACCUGACCCACAAGGAUUUACAGCCCUGCAAAACUGGCACUGGACUGGCACCAAACUGUGCCCAUCACCCUCACCUGAUCCUCACUGAUUUACAGCCCUGCAAAACUGGGACUGGACUGGCACCAAACCAAUCUGUGCCCACCACCCUCACCUGAUCCUCACUGAUUUAUAGUCCUGGCUAUGCAGGGGCUGGGCACAGUUUGCAGCCUUUGUGGAAGCCCCACUCCAAAGCCAAGGCAGCCUGUGUUAUCCCUGGAUUUGUUAUCCCUUACCCUACAGGUGACAAACUGAAUGAUAAACGUACCCAGGAGUGUGUGCCAGCAGUGCAGGUUUUAAGGGCUCUGUGUUUCUCACUCAAUUAUUCACUUUAUUUAACUCUGAAGCUAGACUUUUUUACUGCUCUGCUGAAUUUUAUAUUUGCAGUUAUAGAGAUGCCUUAGGAAUAUGCAGCAGCCUUUCCUGACAACAGUCAGAUUUUACAUAAGAAGUUAAAUUUAAGUGCUUGAAGGAGGUCCAAAGCAAUCUUGUUCCCAGGCUCUCAGGGAAAGGAAGGGCUGAAAAAUUCACUUUGCUGUCAUUCUGUGUUAGCAAACAACUCAUGCAGUGCACAAGUGAGUUCUAAAUUUUAAUUUCCCUCAGUGCAGCUGCAGAGACAUAAAAUUAGGCCCCACCUGGAGGCCAAUUAAUAUAAAGAGCUGGGCCUAAUCGUGGUGCCAUGGAAUGUUUUAAUCAGCAAUAAAGUAACUCCUGGGGCAAAAGUAAAAAAAAAAAAAACCUAGGUUUCUUCCAAGGUGCUUUUGCUGUGUCAUUCACCUGCCAAACAGGAGCAGAGUUCCUAAAAGAGCCAGCUGAAUUGAUGUUACUGAAAAGAUGCACUGUGGAUCUUUGAAGAAUGUGAUUUGCCUGAGAUAAUGAUGCCAGUGAUGAAAUAAGAUCAUUCAACUGUACAUGCAUGAAUUUUUCCUGGGAAAAAGGUUUUCAUACAGGAAUAAGGUCCACAAUGCAAGCUGAGGAAUAAAAUUUCCAUUCCUUUCCACACUGUGUGGCUCACACACACCUCCAUUGAAAACUGUGGCACCUUUGAGCCACACUGGGAACAAAAAUUUGUAUUAUUUUAAUUUCAUUUUAAAGGAGAGAACAAAAGGUGUUAUGCAAACAAUGAAACAAACUCUGUUUAAUGGUGUUUUACCUCAUUGUUUUUUGUAUUUUGGGGUUUUUUUGUGGUUUAGCAGAGGAAAAUUGUAAGAAUAGAUAUAUAUUGUUAAUGUACAUUUUUCUUAAAGAUACAUUAGACAGGACAUAUAUACCUAAGAAAAUAUUCAUGCUCUAAGAAAUAAAACUGUCUUCUAAUGCUAAAUAUA